AUCCCACAUCAACAUCCGCCACGCCCCGCAAGACCACCAGCGUCCAUUCGACAUUGCGACCACGAUGUCCACCCCGAGCAAAUGCUUGGCCAUGGCCGCUAAGAAUCUGAGAAACCCACGCAUUGCGACCGUCCCGCAGCAAGCCUUCGCUUCGAGCACAACGAAUGCGCUUGCAUACUCACGGAGUGGCACCGCGCCAAAGACGACAUGCUUGAGGGAAUUGCAAAGGAUACAGAAUGGUGCGGGGAAGACUGCGAGUAGCUUGGGCGGGCAGACACGGACAUUUUCGCAAUCGGCAUCGCGGAGCAAGCUCAAGACAAUUGACCAGAUUCGGGCACGGAACAAGGGCGGGCCAUUCAAUCUUACAGCCGCCAUCCUCUUCAUCGCAGCGGGCGGAGGACUAUGGGCCUAUUUCACGUAUGAGAAGGAGCGCCUGGCACGGAAGCGGAUAGCCGAGCAGACCAAAGGAAUAGGCAAGCCCAAAGUCGGUGGACCAUUCCGGCUAGUAGAUCAAAACGGGAACCCAUUCAGCAACGAGGAUAUGCUUGGAAAAUACUCAUUGGUCUACUUCGGCUUCACCCACUGCCCGGACAUUUGCCCCGACGAACUCGACAAGAUGGCGCUCAUGUACGACAAGGUUGUUGCAGAAUGCGGCAACGUGCUCCUACCCAUCAUGAUUACAUGCGAUCCCGCGCGCGACAACCCCAAAGUACUCAAGGAGUACCUGGCUGAAUUCCACCCGGACUUUAUUGGCUUGACGGGCGACUACGAGCAGAUUAAGAGCACGUGCAAGGCGUACAGGGUGUACUUUAGCACACCGAAUAACGUCAAGCCUGGCCAAGACUAUCUGGUUGAUCACAGCAUCUACUUUUAUCUCAUGGAUCCAGAAGGCGACUUUGUCGAAGCCAUUGGCCGCAACUUUACAGCUGACCAGGCUGCCAAGGUUAUUUCCGAUCACAUCAAGGAUUGGGAGAAGCCGCUUAAGAAGGAAACGCGGUGGGAGUGAGGUUGCAUGGUUGGGGACAGAGUGAGUUUGAGGGGAUAUGAUGCGAGGGGAAACGAAGAAGACAGUUGUAUGAAUACAAUGGCAGCAAACUUGUACUAUUACGAUGGCGAGCUAUGUAUAUUACUGUGUACAAAGAUGUAAGAAAAAGAAGAAUGCUGCCGGGCGAGAUGCUCAUGAUUCGUUUUU